AUGCGCGAGACCGUGGGCGGUAACGCUGCGGACCGUUCUAGGACCUGCAGCGCACAAAAGGAGCUUCAAGAGCGGGGAGAGAUCAGAGUCAUCCAGCUGGGCUUUGACUUGGAUGCCCAUGGGAUUGUCUUCACAGAAGACUACAGGACCCGGGUGCUCAAGGCCUGUGAUGGCCGACCAUGCGCUGGGGCGGUGCAGAAGUUCCUGGCCUCAGUGCUCCCAGCCUCUGGGGACCUUAGUUUCCAGCAGGACCAGAUGACACAGACUUUCGGCUUCAGGGACCAGGAGAUCACGCACCUGGUGAAUGCUGGGGUCCUCACUGUCCGCGAUGCUGGAAGCUGGUGGCUGGCUGUGCCUGGCGCUGGGAGAUUCAUUAAGUACUUUGUUAAAGGGCGCCAGGCUGUUCUGAGCAUGGUGCGGAAGGCCAAGUACCGGGAGCUUGCCCUGUCAGAGCUCCUGGGCCGCAGGGCCCCUUCAGCAGUGCGGCUGGGUCUUGCUUACCAUGUGCACGACCUCAUUGGAGCCCAGCUGGUGGACUGUGUCCCCACCACUUCUGGAACUCUCCUUCGCCUGCCAGAUACAUGA